UUUCACCCCAACCCUUCAUUAAGCACUGCACUUCACCAAACCUAUCAAGAAGUAGAAGAAUGUCUUUAGCUGCAGUUUUAUAUGAAAAGAAUUAUUUAGCAUCAGAAGGGUUAAUUAAUUCUAAUGGAAGAAGACAUUCCCGCGCAGUUGCUGGAAAUGUUCCUAGAAAAUUGAGUUAUAAUGAGGAAGUUAAUAAUACAGGGACAGAGUGUUCUCUAGCAGAACAUUUAAAAUUAUCUUGGUAA